ACCAGUAACAAAAUUCUUCAACUUCAACUUUGAUUUCUAUUGUAACAAUGUUUGUAAAUAAACCUCGUUCGUAUAAAAUUUGUUUUGGAUUUUUACCGCGUAUUCAUUGUAAUAAGCGCCAUUCUAUUCAGACGACAUCGCAUGAGAAAAGAGAAGAUGAAUCAAAUUGGGAACAUACCGCUGAUGAUUUUCCAAGGUCAUUAUAUGAUGAUCACAUUCCAACUUCAUUGUUACAAAAGACAUUAUUGACUGUUGGGUCUUCAGUCUUGGCUAUAACAAAUCCUUAUAGACAUGACAUGGUUGCUGUGUUAGGUGAAACUACAGGCAAUAUAGCAGCAAGACAAAUUAGAGAAAAAAUGUUGCAAGAUUCAGAAGGGAGUUUAAUUUUAAGAGAAAAACCCAGAAUAAAUUCUGAUACAUUGGAUUAUCAAUUUCUGGAAUCUUUACCUAAUGGUACAUUAGGACAUGCAUAUAUAUCUUUUUUAAAAGAUAAUAAUGUGACACCUGAUACAAGAAGACCUGUUCAUUAUGUGGAUGAUCCUGAACUUGCCUAUGUGAUUCAAAGAUACAGAGAAGUCCAUGACUUGAAUCACACUCUUCUUGAAAUGCCCACGAAUAUGCUGGGAGAAGUCGCUGUGAAGUGGAUUGAAGCUAUGCAGACAGGACUCCCCAUGUGUGUUGCUGGUGCCUUACUGGGGCCUGUAAGAUUUAGGAAAAAGCAAAGAGAAAAAUAUCUGAAGUACUAUCUUCCAUGGUCUGUAAAUUGUGGAUCUCAUGCCAAGUUUCUUAUGAAUGUAUAUUUUGAAAAAAGAUGGCAGCAAAGCAUAAGAGACCUUAGAUAUGAACUAAAUAUUCCUGAUUUUCUUGUUGAAAGUUGAUUAAUAUAAAAUAUUUUAUGAAUAUUUCUUAAUUUAUAGUAACCACUCUGCAUAUGAGGUUUGAAAUUUCAUAAUAUUAAUUAUUAAAUAAUAUUUAGAAAUUGAAAAUGAAUUAUUAAAUGAUUUGAGAAACAGCAUUUCAUUUAUUUUUAAAUAUAUAGUUUUUGUCUUACCAAUAUUGCAUUAUACUUUUUGUUUUACACUUGCAGAUUCAGCAAAGUUCACACAAUAAAAAAAAAGGUGUUAAAUUGCGAAAAUAUCUAACAUUUUUCCUAAUGUCUGAAGAUGAACUUAUUUAUUGUUCAUAUAAACAUCUAAGGAACCCUAAAUAAUGGCAAGAAGCAUUAUGUAUGUUUUUACUCUAAAAUCUACAGGAAAAUAACUGCCAGUGUGUGGAUACAAUGCAAGAGUAAGUGGCACCAUAAUUUAACAGUUUUUUUUUUUUUUGUCAUCCUUUUGUAACAUUUUAGAAAAUAUCUAGUGCGCAUUAAUGCUUUACAUCCGAAUUACCAUCUAUGCUUUGCAUUUAUUAUCCUCUUAGCCCCGUUUUCUCCUAUCCACUCUAUAUUGCUGGCCACCCUAACACUUUCUGCAGUUUCAGUAAGUGCCAUGAUUGAUCUUAGCGCCUUGUCAAAAUGUGUUCAGCGAGAAAUGAAAUUGCUUAUUUUGAAGAUGGCAAAAAUUUUGUAAAUAGAGCUUGUUACUUCUUUUAGAAUGAGAAUAAAUGCAGAUAACUUGC